GAGGACAGAAAGGAAGUGGAUCUGAGUGCUUGUGAUUGGUAAGCCAGCUUCACGAAGGCAUCUGCCAGCAGGACUUCAGAGGAAUGUGAAACCAAAUCAUUUACAAGUUAAAGAUAGACUCAAGAGUACAUAGCAUCUUGGGCACUUGUUUCAACUCAGUCUCUUGAAGACUGUUGCUUUGGGAGUUUUCUUUUUACUGCCUCCAGGGCAUCUCAGUUUUUACUCUAUCAGAUUCUCACUUAGUGUUUUGGAAUAAAAAGGAGUGUGUGAGAAGAUCAUGGUGCAUGCUGCAGGAUGACAUGCUUCAAGAAGAUACACUUGGCUGAUUUCAUGGAACACAACAGAACAUAGAGGCCAUUUCUGAUAAUGAUUGAAGACUGUGGGAAAAGAGGAACUACCAUGGCAGAAAGGAGGCAGCUGUUUGCAGAAAUGCGGGCUCAAGAUCUGGAUGGCAUCCGUUUGUCCACCUACAGAACAGCAUGCAAGCUUAGAUUUGUACAGAAGAAAUGUAACUUGCACCUUGUGGAUAUCUGGAAUGUGAUAGAAGCAUUGCGGGAAAAUUCAUUGAACAACCUGGACCCAAAUAUAGAACUGAAUGUGGCUCGGCUUGAAGCAGUAUUGUCAACAGUUUUCUAUCAACUUAACAAACGCAUGCCAACAACCCACCAGAUCAAUGUAGAACAAUCCAUCAGUUUACUCCUCAACUUCUUGCUGGCAGCUUUCGAUCCAGAAGGACAUGGAAAAAUUUCUGUGUUUGCUGUCAAAAUGGCCUUGGCAACACUUUGCGGGGGAAAGAUCAUGGAUAAAUUAAGAUAUAUUUUCUCAAUGAUAUCGGACACAAGUGGUGUAAUGGUUUAUGGAAGAUAUGACAUGUUUCUACGAGAAGUUCUGAAGCUGCCCACUGCUGUCUUUGAAGGUCCUUCUUUUGGUUACACGGAGCAAUCAGCAAAAUCUUGUUUUUCCCAACAGAAAAAAGUCACUCUGAAUGCUUUCUUGGACACUCUUAUGUCUGAUCCUCCACCUCAGUGUCUGGUAUGGCUACCACUUCUGCAUCGCUUGGCAAAUGUUGAGAAUGUCUUCCACCCUGUUGAGUGUUCCUACUGCCAUAGCGAGAGCAUGAUGGGAUUUCGCUAUCGAUGCCAGCAGUGUCACAAUUACCAGCUCUGUCAAGAUUGCUUCUGGAGGGGACAUGCCAGUGGUUCCCAUAGCAACCAGCACCAAAUGAAAGAAUACACGUCAUGGAAAUCACCUGCUAAGAAGCUAACUAAUGCACUUAGCAAGUCUUUAAGCUGUGCUUCCAGCCGUGAACCUUUGCACCCAAUGUUCCCUGACCAGCCUGAAAAACCUCUAAACCUGGCUCAUAUUGUGCCUCCUAGACCAGUCACCAGCAUGAAUGACACACUGUUCUCCCACUCUGUUCCCUCAGGAAGCCCAUUCACAAAUAGAAGGUUACUUGAGAGUAUAAAUGUAGCCAAUGAUGUGGCUGAUGAGCAUUCUGUUAUAAAGCUGUAUGUAAAUCAGCUUCACAACAAUUCACGCUCUCCUUACAAGAAUAAUGAAGUAGAGCAGAACAAAUUGCUGGCUAGGGCUGCUCCAGCUUUUUUGAAAGGCAAAGGGUUACAGUAUAGCCUCGAUGUUGCAGACAGGCUGGCUGAUGAACAUGUUCUCAUUGGGUUGUAUGUCAACAUGCUGCAGAACAACCCCUCACGUUUGCUUGACAGUCCAAACCGUCUAGAUGAAGAGCACAGACUGAUCGCCAGGUAUGCAGCGAGACUCGCAGCAGAGACUACUUCAUCACAGGCACAACAGCAAACCCAGCAGAGAGGUGCUCCAGAUAUCUCAUUCUCUAUUGAUGCAAAUAAACAACAACGACAACUUAUUGCAGAACUUGAAAAUAAGAACAGAGAAAUCUUACAAGAGAUUCAGAGGCUGCGACUUGAACAUGAACAGGCAUCUCAGCCCACACCAGAGAAGGCAGCGCAAAAUCCCACCCUUUUGGCAGAACUUCGGCUGCUUCGGCAAAGGAAGGAUGAGCUGGAACAGAGGAUGUCUGCUCUUCAGGAAAGCCGGAGAGAACUUAUGGUCCAAUUGGAAGGCCUCAUGAAACUGCUGAAGGAAGAAGAAAUGAAGCAGGGAACCCAAGGGGCAGGCUCUCCACGCUCAUCUCCCAGCCAUACCAUCAGCCGACCAAUUCCAAUGCCCAUCAGAUCUGCAUCUGCCUGUUCAACUCCAGCGCACACACCUCAGGACUCUCUGACAGGUGUAGGAGGAGAUGUGCAGGAAGCUUUUGCACAAGGCACAAGGAGGAAUUUAAGAAAUGACUUGCUGGUGGCAGCAGAUUCGAUCACCAACACUAUGUCUUCUCUGGUGAAAGAACUAAACUCAGAAGUUGGAAGCGAGACAGAGAGUAAUGUGGAUUCUGAGUUUGGUCGGGCUCAUUUUGAUGACCUUGUCCCAUCGCCCACUUCCGAAAAGGCUUUCCUUGCACAGAUCCAGGCCCGGAAGCCAGGCUACCUUCACAGUGCAGCUGCCACUGGAACUAUUCGCAGCGAUAUGGUUACAGAAGAUGGAGAUCCUUAUGUUAGAGCAGAUGAUGAGAACUAUGAAAAUGAUUCUGUCCGCCAGCUAGAGAAUGAGCUCAAGAUGGAGGAAUAUUUGAAACAAAAGCUUCAGGAUGAAGCUUAUCAGGUCAGCUUGCAAGGAUGAGUAGCUAUCCUUGCAUCACUCUCCUUUCCAGAAAGCUGCAGUCAAACGGACAACGAAAGUGAUGUAAGAACAGAUGAGGAGGAGAGCUGCACCCAUAUGGAUGACAGAGAUAAGGUGGCUGCCAACUUCACUGAAGAAGUGAAACAAGUGCAGCUCCUCUGACAUACAAUAACCAAUUAGAUCCGAAGACUGUAGCACAGUACCUUUUUGUUCUAGAAGUUGUAGUUUGUAGGUGUUUGUUUUGAAGAAAAAUAAAAAAGACUUUUAUUUAAAGCUAAGUUAAUAUCAGCUACAUCUUACGUAACAUGGCUCAUUACCGGUGAAGAACACAGGCUGAACAAUGCUGCUGUUACAAUUAACAGCAGAGCUAACACAACACAAGCCCUUUGCACAUCGUCUUGAACCUGUUCAGUUUACAAUAACAAUAGUGUUUCUAUUAGGAGUUUGAUUUCUCAGUUGUUUGAAAUUUUAGAACACUUUCCUACACACUGUACAUUGUUUUUCCACAGAGGAAAUUUUAAAACAAAGCAUUUAACACUGAAUGGAUAUACUCGAGUGUACAUAUUUAUAGCCCAAAAAUGAAGUACUAGAAUAGUAGCUGCAAUCCUCAAUCCAGCCGCAUGCACUAAGAAUCCCACCAAUAUGAGUAGGAUUUAAGUGCAUAUGACCAGAUGCAGUAUUGCAGUCUUAGGAUGAAAUUUGUUUUACAGUCUUUCUGCAAAAAACAAAACAAAAAAAAACAAAAAACAAAGAAUAACAGAUUUGUACAAAAUGCACUAAGAAGUAUCUCUAUGAUUUAGGGCUACUGCAUAACUUAGGAAUGUUUUCUUUCAAAAUAAUCUAACAAAUCAGCCAUAGAAGUUAGUGUAAAUAUUUUCUUUCCAAAUAGAUAUCAUAUACAAAAGGCAGCAUUCAAAUGAUAUAGAAUCUAGUUUUUAAAAUCAGCACAGAUCUUCUUAAAACUGUGAACUAUGUUUUGAAAUACUCGUUGCUAAAGCUGUUUAUAAACCACAGGUGCCAUAAAACCCCUAAACUAACGUUAUGUAUAACCUUUCAUAGUAUUAUUUAAUUGCUGUUUGAGAACUUUAGUAAGCAUGUGUUCUUUCACAUUUCUCCAUUCUCCAUAUCCUGUUUGUUGAGGCCUUCAGCUAUAAAUGUAUAAGCUUUAAAAGUGCGCUUGCUACUGUUUCCUUUUAUUUCUGAAUGUGCAUUGCCUUAGCCAGCCACCAGAUGUUCUGCAUGCAUUCUUGGAAGUGUGUAGUGAGACUGUCUUUCAGAGCUGAAUGGGGAUAUUAGCUAUCUAUGAAAAGCACAGAGGAAAGUAUGUUCCGAAAAAGAGAAGGAGGUAAUUACAACAGUGUCCCUUUGAGUAAAUGCAUCCUGUUUUAACAACAGCAGGAAUGAGAGAAAUCACAGACCUUUGCUUCUACCAGGAUUCCUAUAAAAAGAUUGCAAUGAUUUUGGAGCCGUUACUAUGUGGUAAUGAUGUGGGUCUUCUCUUAACUGCAUUCCUACAUGGAAGAAUGAGGAAUUUCAGAAGUUUUCUUAUCAAUGAGCAAACUUUUCUUUUCUUUCUUUGCUUUCUUUUUUAUCUUUUUUUUGCAUUUUGGAACAUGUGAAAAACUAUGUUUUUUAAGCCAAUGGUUGACAUACUACAUCAUUAAAUGUAACUAAGUUGACAUAGGUCUGCUGUCAUAGCUUGGUUUGGGAGUUCUACCCAUAAAACCCAGAUUUCCAGCCUGAUGGUGUUCCAAGGCAUUACAGAAUGGAGAACUAGGGAAUGAUGUAUGCAAGAGUCUCCUGAUCAUGUGAGGCAUCAAGAAUGGACAACUAGUCCUUAGGGUCCUUCUGAAAUAAUAAUCAUAAUCAUCACAAUAUUUUUUUCCCAGGAUCUCAACUCAAAUUGGUUCAAAAAAAUCAAAACAAUUUAAUUAAAAACAAAAUAAUAAUUCAGCUAAAAUACAGUUUUAAAAAUUAAAAGCUUCUCAGAACAAUUCAGUUAAAACAACACUGCACCCCCCAGCCCAUUAUUUUAAAACUUUCUGUUUUAAAAGCCAGUCUAAAUGAAAAUUUUAGCUCACCGACAGAAGUACAAAAGGAGGAGGAUAUUCUGGCUUUCCUGGGUAGGGAGUAGAGGCAACUACUGAGAAGGCCCUCUGGACCUGAGUCAUAUAGGGCUCUAUAGCUCAUAACCAACACUUUGAAUUGUGCCCAGAAACAAAUUGGCAGCCAGUUGAGUUGUUGCAAAACAGGGAGUUUUAUGAUCCCUAUAGUAAUUGUUUAUCUCGGGACUACUGCAGAUGCCAUUUGCCUACACAAUCUGCACUGCUUUCAGGCACUUCCAAGCUAAAAAGAUGGAUUUAGGGAGUGAUGUUUGGUCAAUAAUGACUGUAGAUCUGAAUCUGCAGCAGCUAUCAGAAUGAUAAAUUGUUUAACUACUAAAUACUUUGGCAGCUAAGAUUCCCUGUAUUUUAUGCAGAAAUAUGCACUGUGCAAAGCAAGGGUUUUUUUUAGGAAGGGCAUUUUUAAUACUCAAAAGUUGUGGAAGAGCCCAAAAUGGAAAAUAAAAAGGAUGCAAUUCACCCUGUUCUUAAGAAGAAGAAAAUUUGUGAAUAUUCUCUGUAUAUUUACAGUGCAGUGCUACCUAUCUAGUAACAGUUCAAAGUGAAAACAGAAAGCAGUGUAGAAUUUGCAAAGAUGCUAAUAAAAUAUUUCAUAUAUGAUACAGCAAUGUUAAUAUCAAACACUGUUUUAAAACUCAGUUCUAUCAGUCACACGUUUAAUAAAAACAUUGUAGGAAAUAUAUUUUUGAACAAUGCUAUUCCCAAAAUGUGUGUAUUUUAUUUGUCUGAAUUAGAAAUUUCAUUUGAGAUUCUAUAUGGAGUAAAUAUUACUUUGAUUAAAUGGUUAUCACUACUUACCACAUAUGCACAGAAUCAUUGUUACCAUUAGCUAAUUUUCUCCUUGUCUACAUUGCAGCAUUGUUGCUAAGUAGUACACUCAGAUUUCAGACAACUAAGAAAAUAAAAAAAAACACUUAUUUAAAAACACACCCAUGUCCCCAUCAUUGCAAUAACUAACCUUACUCCUGUAAUAUCUGCCAAGCUGAUAUGUGUAACCUGUGAUAGCUUACCUCUCCGAUACCUUUCUCUCAGGAACUGGUUACUCUCUAAUAGUGCUUAGCACUAGUAAAUCUUGCUAACAGCUCAGGACCCCAGCCAGUUAAUUCCUGAAAAAGAGAUGAAAUGAACUAUAACACAGCCAUACCUGGAUUAUCCCAAUCCAACCACAUUACUACAGUUGGAUUAAUAACCAUGUUGCUUUGAUGCCCGCCUUUAUUUGUAUACAAACAUUGCAUGUAAGGAUCAUGCAUGAAUCUAAUCAUUGCAAGAUAUGUGUCACACUAUUAUUGCCUUCACAACCCAAGCACCAUUCUCUCAGCCUGAUUUCCUCACAGAAUCCCCAAGCAGAUCUCUAGGUGGCCUCUUGUACUCUGGAACUCCAAGAUUAAGCACUUUUUUAUUUCCUAUCCAAAGCAAAACCUAGGUGAGGAGAUAUGCCUGUAUUACAAAGCUAUGUCUUCAUGACUUACAUCUCCCAAUGCAACCCUCAAACCGACCUUGUAUGUAGAGCACAACCUUACUGAUGCCCCUGCUCUCUGAGAACAUCCGAAUGAACAUGGGGGAGUGGUGAUUACAAGGUCUGUUGGGGAGUGAUUUUGGUAAUUGCAUAAUCAGAACAGAAUUCUGAUUGACGCAACCACCAAAGAAUGAGUUGCAAUGGUUUAAGUCUGAUUUGUGUCAUUGUAAUUCACCAGCAGGAUAUCAGCCCUAGUUUUACUAUGUAACCCAGCAGUUAAGCUGGCAAUGGUCCUACAAGGGCAAUACUUUCUCACUGAUUUAUCUCCAACAUGUGAUGGGGAAGCUGCUGUGUGCCACACAUCUGACACACCAGCCAACCUCCAUGUCAACAGACACCAAUGUGCAGCAAGGACAAAAUUUAACUAUGGUGAACAUGAGUAAAAUUCCAGCAAUAUAGGUCAGAUCCCAUGGUUAAUUCCCAUAUCUCAUGUGAUGUUGAGGCCUACGGGAGUCAGAUUUUAGAUGUAUCUUAAUAAACGAUGUGAAGAUGUGGAUCGCUUUUUUCCACACAGUGGCACACAAUGUGUGUAGGAGAUGGGUCAGGUGAGAGUUUGUCCUAUCUGGGCCUCUGUUUUAGCCUCUUCAGUUCUUGUCUGUUUGUUAAACUUGGUUUGGAUUGUAGAUUGUGAACAUUUAAAGUUACAGAAAUUGUUAAACUGGCCUAUAAUUCUUCAUGGGCCAAUUACUGCAGCCAAAAAUGUCAUGUAGAUUGUCAAUGGAAAGGUAAUGAAGACGCAGAAAUCAGAAUGUGUUGUUGAAGAGGAUUCUUGAAUGUUGAAAGAAAAGAUGGAGGAUAGAUUCUCUGUAAGUAGUAAUGUUAACUAAAAACUGCAUUAAAAAGGUGUGUGGCCUUUGUUGUGAUAAUCUGUAUUUUCUUAUAUGCAUGAGACAAAAUGUUGCAUCAUUAUUUAGCCCAGAUGUCUGCUGUUAUUUUUAUCAUCUUCCCUCAUUCUUAUUAGUCUCUUGGAAUUACUGUAGAUAUAUCUUGUAAAUAUCACGACAUCAGCUUACAACAGUUAGGUUGGUUCAAUUCAGUGCAAGGAUACUUGAAUGACAAGCACUCCACUGUGUCCUGAGAAGAGAAGGCAUUUUUCUUCUGAACCAAAAAUGUAUGAAGAGUUACACCUUGAGGCUACAAACUGUCUGAUGUUUUUAACUACUGUUAUUUCAUACCACUCCAAACAAAAUACGCACCACCAAUUUUACAUUACUCAUUGCUAUUGUAAACAGCACUAUUAUUGUACUGGAUUUUUUGUAUUGCUGUUAAGUAUUGUUGUGUGUGUGUGUGUGUGUGUGCGUGUGUGUGCGUUCAAGCCUACUGGGGACAUGUUAUAUUUUGAAGUGAUUAAACUAUUUAAUUGUGUGUCUAUAUUUUGGAAUGGAAUUAUUUCUUCAUUAAAAGAAAGAAUUUUUAAAAGUAA